CUUAUCCCAGAGGUCACCGCGGGUAUACGUCAACUGACUGGGACCCAUAGCUCACGCGGACUCUGGGAGUGCUGAGUCGAAUAUCCUCUCUGGCGUCUCACCGUUAGAAACCGGCUGCAUAGUUCACCUGAAUCGGAGACAAAACAUAAGCUACACUUCGAGGUGGGACGCUUUCAAUUACUCCAAGGGGUGACCUUAACAUCGGGUUUUGGGCGGACACUUACGUAGACCAAGAACUGCGUAGCUGAAAUCUCACAGUAGUGAAAAUCUAAGACCCACGAUGGACCCAACAGACACUGCCCCUGAUUCCUGGGAACAAGAGGACGAUGUGGAGGCCACAAUCGACGGACAACUUGAUUCAGCAUUUACAGCCCUAAACGUGAAGGCUAAACCGUUUGUACCCAAUGUGAACGCCGCCGAAUUUGUUCCGAUUUUUGCCACGAAAGCACACUCGGAAAAUCUAGAUUCUGUUGUUGCUGUUGAAAAGAUAUCCACCAUGGAGGUGUCAGAAAUUGCUGCUCCAUUGGAAAACGGCGACGCAGAGAUGACCACAGAGGAGCCGUGGGACCAGAAAGAGGCCGAGCCAAACGAGGAGGAGCCGGGAGGCGGGUCUUGUGGGGACCGGGGGCUGUCGGGGGCAGCGACAGAGGAGGCGGCUCCAGAGGUGAUGGAGGAGGAAGAAGAAACGCCGGCGCCCAAGGUUCCACCUACACAGCCAGAUGCCCCCAAGAAGGAGCACAUCAACGUUGUGUUCAUCGGACACGUAGAUGCUGGCAAGUCCACCAUUGGCGGACAAAUCAUGUAUCUAACUGGCAUGGUAGACAAGAGAACCUUAGAGAAGUACGAGAGAGAAGCCAAGGAAAAGAGCCGGGAAACCUGGUAUCUGUCUUGGGCUUUAGACACCAACCAGGAGGAGAGGGACAAAGGCAAGACGGUGGAGGUUGGCCGAGCAUACUUUGAGACAGACAAAAAGCACUUUACAAUCUUAGACGCUCCAGGCCACAAAUGCUUUGUGCCCAACAUGAUCGGAGGUGCAUCACAAGCUGACUUGGCUGUUCUGGUGAUCUCUGCCAGGAAAGGAGAGUUUGAAACUGGUUUUGAGAAGGGUGGACAGACGCGGGAGCAUGCCAUGUUGGCCAAAACAGCUGGUGUCAAGCACCUGAUAGUUUUGGUGAAUAAAAUGGACGACCCUACAGUCAACUGGAGCCUGGAGAGGUAUGAAGAGUGUAAGGAGAAACUAGUGCCAUUUUUGAAGAAGGUAGGCUUCAACCCGAAGAAAGACAUUCACUUCAUGCCGUGCUCCGGACUGACAGGAGCCAACCUGAAGGAGCCCACUGACAUGUGCUCCUGGUAUACAGGGUUACCAUUCAUUCCACACUUGGACAAUUUGCCACAUUUAAACAGAUCAAGUGAUGGCCCUGUCAGAUUGCCCAUCGUAGACAAAUACAAGGACAUGGGCACUGUGAUCCUGGGCAAGCUGGAGUCGGGCUCCAUCAGUAAAGCACAGCAGCUCGUCAUGAUGCCAAACCGGCAUGUGGUGGAGGUGUUGAGUCUCCUGUCAGAUGACGUGGAGACGGACGAUGCCUCGCCGGGGGAAAACCUCAAGCUGCGGUUGAAGGGCAUCGAGGAGGAGGAGAUCCUGCCCGGCUUCAUCCUGUGUAACGCCGAGAACCUCUGCCACACAGGGCGCACCUUCGACGCCCAGAUCGUCAUCAUUGAACACAAAUCUAUCAUCUGUCCCGGUUACAACGCAGUCCUUCACAUUCACACCUGCAUUGAAGAAGUGCAAAUUACGGCCAUAAUCUGUCUGGUGGACAAGAAGACAGGGGACAAGAGUAAGACACGGCCACGAUUCGUCAAACAGGACCAAGUGUGCAUCGCCCGUCUGCGCACGGCAGGGACCAUUUGCCUCGAGACCUUCAAAGACUUUCCUCAGAUGGGACGGUUUACCUUACGGGACGAAGGUAAGACCAUCGCCAUCGGUAAGGUGCUGAAGCUGGUUGCUGAGCGGGACUGAAGAGGACAGAGUUGCCUGAGAGUCCUGGUGAGAAGGAAGGGGCGGAGCUCGGUCAUAACCCGCCCACACAGUUGUCAGCGGCGACGGCACUUUCCUGUCACGCCCCCUUCUGCGUGCCGAAGAACAGCUUCAGAAAAAAACUCAUGUGAAAAAAGAACCCGUUUUUAAGCAAAUGACACAC